UUCGGGUAAGAAACAGGAAUUCAAGCUCUAUCAUAUCUUACAGCUGAUCAGCACUGGAGAAAGAGAGAGGACAUCCAACGUACAAACCCUAGAACAGAGGAAUCUAUACUUUUCGCUUUAUAAUGCUCCGAACAGCGUUACCCUCGCAAAUUUCCCUCGUACGCAAAGACAUUUUGCGGGUUUUUCCACUUUGUUCUCUGUGAGACGUGACUCAAUUUCCAUUGAGCGCGAGCGUGUAUUUGGGAACGCCUGCGCACCUGGUUUCAACCACACCUGAUAUUUUGACGAAUCCAGUCCCAUCUAUUCUGAAAGGAUCGUUUAUGUUGAUUUUUUCCCCAGUGGAUUUUUCUUUAGUUAUUUUAAGUUGAAUCUUUUACAGUUCGUAUUUUCUAUCUCUUGGAUACCUAUGAAGUCAUAUCAGGAGAAAGAAGGGAUUUGAAAUGAAACAUGUAUGGCUGAAGGAUGUGGGCUCGGAGUGUUGGUCCCAGACCGCCUGACCAGAUGCUCUUAUGGGAGGGGAUGGUGAUCUGUCUCCGCUGGUGCUGUGUGCUCGUCUCGCUGGCUGUGUAUGUGAGCUCCGCGGAACCGCUCGACUGGCUGCUGUCCGAUAAAGGUCCGUUCCACCGCUCCCAGGAAUUCACUGAGUUCACCGAGAGAUACCAACACGGGUUUACAACCAGAUACAAAAUAUACAGGGAGUUUGGCCGAUGGAAGGUCAACAGCCUUGCUGCGGAGAGGCAAGAAGGCAAUGGGGUGGCCGUGCCCCUUGACCCUGACUUCAUCCAUAACAUCAGGCUUCUGGGGAGAAGGCCAAGCCUGCAGAAACUAACUGACAACAUCAUUAAGAAAUACGGGACUCAUUUCCUGCUCUCUGCCACUCUGGGAGGCGAGGAGUCCUUGACCAUUUUCGUGGACAAAAGCAAGCUUAGCAGAGGUCAGCAGAAUGGCGGUGUCUCCAACAGUACGGCUGGUUCACUGACCCUUGAAGCCCUUCACCAACUGGCUGCAUCCUAUUUCAUCGACAGGGACAGCACACUGCGGAAGCUCCAUCACCUCCAGAUUGCCUCCACUGCCAUUAAGGUAACUGAGACUAGGACCGGCCCUCUGGGCUGCAGUAACUAUGACAACCUCGACUCUGUCAGUUCCGUUCUGGUUCACAGCCAGGAGAACAAAGUUCAGUUGCAAGGACUUCAGGCCAUUCUGCCUAGUUAUUUAAGGAGCAGUUUUGUUCAGGCUGCCUUAGGCUAUAUAGGCUGCAAUGCUGAAGGCCAAUUUGUGUGCAAAGACAAUGACUGCUGGUGCCAAUGCAGUAAGGAGUUUCCCCAGUGUAACUGCCCUGAGGCUGAUAUCCUCUCCCAGGAAAGCUACCUGGAGCGUAUGAGGGAGGCCUGGCAGCAGGACAACCAGGAAUUUCAAGACUCAGAUGAGUUCCAGAGCUUCUUGGGUAAAUUACCAACACAGAGCGCUCUAAACUCAUCAAUCAGUCGGCAGUUGUGGAGUGCAGAUAGUGCUCUACAGCAACGCUACAGGCAGCUAGAGACCCGUGUUAGCCUCCUGCUCGCCAAGACCCGUCGAACUGCUAACAAGCUCUUCAGCCUCAGCAAGAGAUGCCGCUCGCAGCCCAAAAUAGUCUCUCUAAGGGAGAGGCCCUUGAUUUAUUGGCUACAAUUCACCCUCUCCAUCCUGUACUGCAGUGAGAAUAACCAACUGGGAUUUUAUGCAGAGGAAUUACGGAGCUGUGUCUGUCCAUAUGAGAGCCCCUCUUGCCAGGGUAUUAUCCCUUGUGAGGUGGGUGAUGGCCCCCGUUGCGCUUCCUGCUCUAUUGAAAACCGCACCCGCUGCUCCAGCUGCAACCCUGGUUAUGUGCUCAGUCAUGGAGUUUGUAAGAACGCUGUACCUAACCCCACAGACCACUACCUGGGGUUUGAGACAGACUUACAAGACCUGGAGCUACGCUUUCUACUGCAGCACCGAGAUAGCCGCAUCACUACAAACGCCAUUUUUGUCAGCAACGAUGUGCGCCUCAAUGCUUGGUUUGACCCCUCCUGGAGGAAGAGGAUGUUGUUAACACUAAAGAGUAACAAAUUUAAAUCCAAUCAUGUGCAUAUGCUCCUGGGCAUCUCGUUGCAGAUCUGUAUGACCAAGAACUCCACCUUAGAACCUGCACUGUCUGUCUAUGUCAAUCCAUUCGGUGGUAGUCAUUCAGAGAGUUGGACCAUGCCCAUCAAUCAAAAUGGCUACCCAGACUGGGAGAAGACCAAGCUUGAAAUUCCUCUGGACUGCUACAACUGGACCUUGACUUUAGGCAACCGAUGGAAGAGCUUUUUUGAGACAGUCCACUUCUACUUGAGGAACCGGAUUCGGACCGACACUUCUCAUGGGAACGAUACCAUCUACUUUGAGCCUUUAGAAGUAACGGAUGCCUCUCUGAACUUUGGAUACAUGAAGAUCAACAAUAUGCAAUUGUUUGGUUACAGCAUGCACUUUGACCCUGAGGCUAUCCAGGACCUGAUCCUUCAGUUGGACUAUCCGUACACUCAGGGAUCUCAGGACUCAGCCCUGCUGCAACUAAUGGAGAUUCGAUAUCGGGUCAAUAGACUAUCUCCUCCUGGACCACAGCCAUUAGAUUUGUUCUCCUGCCUACUUCGCCACAGGCUCAAACUCUCCAGCCCUGAGGUACAGAGAAUACUUACCACAUUGCAGACUUUUAGUGCCAAACAACCCAUCUACAAAGAGUAUGAAGCUGCAAAACUUUGUAGUUAAAAAGCAAACCAAUUUAUUUUUGCCAUUUGAUGUUUUGCUUUACUGACUGGAAAACUAAUUUCAUUAGAAUUUUUUUUUUUUUUUAAAUGAGGGGGGUCAUUGUGGUUGGUGUUUGAUAUAAAAUCAUUACUGUUCAUAUACAUAUAUUUGAUGUCUUUAGUUAAAAUGGUAGUUCAGAUGAAAACUUUUUGCACAGUUUUAUCAAUUCUGCCAUGUCUGAGUUAAAUACACCAAGUUAAAAAUUAAGCUUGCUGAUUGGAGCUGGCUGUCUCCCAUCUCUGCAAUGGAACAUGUUGAGCAUCUAUUCAAAAUUUAAAACUCUAUCCUCCCUGUCUCAUUUUUACAGGUGAACAUCAGAGAACAUGUCAAGAACGUGUCCUGGUUGUAUUUUACUUCAUAUUAAAAGAAAGAAAUAGGAAAUUAUAUUUUGUUGUUCUGUCUUUAAUUAAUGCUGAUUAUACUAUUUUUAUACUAAAUCAUUGUAUUACAUGGAAGCUACUGAGAAUCACCCUUAAGAAUAAUUGGAAAUACAAUAACAAAUAAAUACCCUCAAGUGUUAUUUUCUGUUAGUAACACCUGAGUAGAUCACUGGAAUGCACAAAUGUUGAAAGUGCUUAAUUGUCAGGAAAAUAAUGGCACAAUCCAAAACAAACUCAGUGGUCCAAAAACAUGCUUUAUUUUCUUUGUGCAAAAUGUGAGUUGAUAUGUGACCUGGACAUGUUUUUUCUGGGAUUCACUCUUACCCUACUUUACAUAUUACC